CACACGUCAGUAACACUAGCUUCUUCCAGAAGUUUCUUCCCAGCGAUUCUCUGCUGCUGCUCCCUUGCGGUCCGACACGAACAUUUCAGUUCGAACACGCCGCCUGACGUCGGGUCGUUCAAUUUCGGUGACAUUUGUCUCCUCGUCUUUGGCGUGAAGAAGAAAACUCGUCUACGUAUUCGAGUCAACCCGGCUGACCUUUUACCUUUACCUGUAGCUAUCUCAUUUGCUAGCUAGUUAGCUAGCCGGAGACGCUAGCGUCGUUAGCCACAUGCUGGGGGCUCCCGAUGUGUUCUUGGCACCCAAAAGGGAAGAGGAUCCAUCUGGAAUGUUUUUUUGAAGACGUGGAAGAAGAAGUGACAGGUUAGUUGUGAUGGGUAAAGAUUAUUACAAAGUGCUGGGGAUAGCCAAGGGUGCCACGGAAGAUGAAAUAAAGAAGGCGUACAGAAAGCAGGCCCUCCGCUACCACCCGGACAAGAACAAGUCUGCAGGGGCUGAGGACAAAUUUAAGGAAAUUGCAGAAGCCUACGACGUCCUCAGUGAUGCAAAGAAGAAGGACAUUUACGAUCGAUACGGCGAGGAAGGCCUGAAGGGUUCUGCUGGAGGUGGCGGUGGAGGUCACAGUGGCUCUACCUACAACUACACCUUCCAUGGAGACCCUCAUGCCAUGUUCGCUGAGUUCUUCGGCGGCCGCAGCCCGUUCGAUCACUUCUUCUCGCAGAACGGUGACGACGGCAACAUGGAUGUCAACGACCCCUUUGCCGCCUUCGGCAUGGGCAGCAUGGGUGGCUUCCACCGGCCCUUCAAACACCACCCCGGCGGCCUGCACGGCGCCCACGAGAAGAAGAAGGACCCGCCCGUGGUCCACGAGCUGAAGGUGAGCCUGGAGGAGGUGUUCUCGGGCUGCACCAAGAAGAUGAAGAUCUCCCGUAAAAGACUGAACCCCGACGGACGCACCAUUCGCUGCGAGGACAAGAUUCUGUCGGUGGAUAUCAAGCGCGGCUGGAAAGAGGGGACCAAAAUCACCUUCCCACGGGAGGGAGACGAAACGCCCACUAACAUUCCCGCCGACGUGGUGUUUGUGGUCAAAGACAAACCUCAUCCCGUGUUCAGGAGGGAGGGCUCUGAUAUUAUUUACCCUGCAAAAAUAUCACUCAGAGACGCACUCUGCGGGUGCACAGUCAGCGCCCCCACGCUGGACGGCCGGACCAUCACUGUGACCUCCAGGGACGUGGUGAAGCCGGGCAUGAAGAAGCGUAUCCUGGGAGAAGGCCUGCCUCUGUCCAAGUGGCCCGAAAAGAGGGGCGACAUGAUUCUGGACUUUACAGUCAAAUUCCCCGACAAACUUGGACAAAACACCCGCGACGCGCUCAGGCAGGUUCUCCCGCCGUGAUGCGGGAUGCAAUAACUCGGAACACUUUCAACGCCGUUCUUCAGGGUGCUUUUGAUUUCAGGAUUUUUUUCGGACUUUGCUUGUCUGGCGACAACACCUUAAAAAAAACACAAAAUCAAAGAUUUGGCUAUUUAUUGUUAGCUGGAGUUUAUCAAUGCACUAAACCUUGUUUUUGUUUUUUAAGAGUGAACCAACACUGCCUGAGCUUGGAGCUUUUGAAUCGCUUACUUCAGGUAUUUUACUAUCACAGAGGAAGACAAACACUGAGCCACGUUCAAUUUGGGGAAUAAAUCAUAGAAAGCACUCCCGAGUAAUAGAGCCCCACUGAAAAGGACAAAAAUAUCAUUCAGAAAUUGUACUUUUAUGAGAGGAAAUGGUCCCUUUAUCAUAACACUAAAGUUAUCCUUUUAUCAGGAAAAUUUUAUACUAUUGGGCUGCACGGUGUUCGAGUGGUUAGCGCCAGGAGCAGGAGGAGACCUGGGUUCAAUUCCACCCUUGGCCAUCUCUGUGUGGAGUUUGCAUGUUCUCCCCGUGCAUGCGUGGGUUUUCUCCGGGUACUCCGGUUUCCUCCCACAUUCCAAAAACAUGCUAGGUUAAUUGGUGACUCCAAAUUGUCCAUGGGUAUGAAUGUGAGUGUGAAUGGUUGUUUGUCUAUAUGUGCCCUGUGAUUGGCUGGCGACCAGUCCAGGGUGUGCCCCGCCUCUUGUCCGAAGACAGCUGGGAUAGGCUCCAGCGUGAGGAAAAGCGGUAGAAAAUUAAUGAAUUAAUGUAUGGAAAAAAUAAUAGUGUGCUAAAAGUGCUAAUUUAAUGACAAAAAUAGUAUAAAUAUCAAUAUUUAUUAAUAGUCAUAAUAUUGUGACUAUAAAGAUUAUCCAAAGAAAUUUGUAAUAUUGUGGGUGUAAAUUUGAUGAGAAAUACAGAAUGAAUAUGAAGUAAUUUUAUGACAAAAAAACAAAAUAAUGAUUUUAAGGAAAAAACGUUCUAUGCUAAUGAAGUUUUAUUAUUUAUAACGUAAAUUGACUUUAUUUCCUCUCAUAACUAAUUUCCUGUCAGUGUGACUCUUGUACUCGUUGAUGGAAAGCACUUUGAUCAGCCGUUUCCUUUUAUUAUUAUUAUUAUUUUAUUUUUUUAGCGUUCAGGUGAUGCAUGUGUCAUGGCUGCUUCAAUGGAACCUGAGGUGCUAUUGCUGCUCUUAGCAUGCCGUCAAUUACCUCCUGUGGUGAGACGCACACCCGCUGUGGUGGGGGCGUCAGUGACAACUGACCUUAUUUAAUGGUGAACUAUUUACAUUGACUCGUGUCGAUGUCGGUUACCUCAUACGCUUUUUAAAACACACGAUAACGGUGCCACUCAUGUAGCGGUCGUAAUAUAUCUUUUAAAAAUUCAUUUUUUCUGGGUGGGGGCAGACGGUGCACAUUGUUGACUUAAUUUGUUUAUGUCAAUGUGCCAAAUAAAGAAUGUGUAGUCAUCAUAUGGAUGGAUGUUGAGGGCAUUUUGAUGUAUGUCAGGCUAUUAGUUGUAAUAUAAAUGAUGAUAAUACAUGCUAUGCCUUGUUUGACACCGUACAGGAAGUCCCUCCCCUAAUUUUAAACACACUAGCCUCAUAAAAAGACUUCCAAGUGACAUUUAGCUUCUUCCUACUCCUCAUGGAGUAUUUCUUCUUAAACACAAAUGUGCUUUCACAUAACGAGAGGUGGGCUGGUUUCAUUUUUUUUGUUGUUGUUUACAGGUUGUGAUUGAUGCUAUUCUGGCUUUAUGAAUGGAUCACAUGACUUUGUUAUCAAGCCUCAAAAUGCUGCCUGGACUUGUUUUACCACAUUAGAUUACAACUGAUUACUAUUGGUUAGUAGUAUUGAGGCAUAUUGUAUUUAUUGCACUAAGUUUGAUUUUAAAUGCUUUCUAUUUUUUGGCACCCUUGGUUGGUCAUAAGAGUGGAUAUUUCAUAGAUCAGAAGACUGCAAACGGGAAUAAAAUAAACUCCGACUACAUCUGAUUGUGGUGUAUCUAUAUUAAAUGGGCAAUAAUUCAUAGUAAAGUUGUGCGUUAUUGGCAAUAAUUGGCAACGCUGUAGUAGAUAACCAGUGUUUACUGACCUCUAGCGGCCGUAAAGCGUAACUGCCGCUUUUGAACAACGUGGGAGUUUUAAGUUCUCGCAUGAGAAAGUGUCGUCGUCGCUUUGGAUGAGAGCCCACAACGUGUCGUCAUGACUACAAACAUCUCAACAAUCGGUGAUUAAGAACAAUACGUAUUACUUAUUUUUGUUUUGCCCCGGGGGAGAAAAAAAGCACGUCAAUCACUGCUGUCAUUGUGACAUCCGAUAGUCAGUGAAUGUAACAUCAUGUCGUUUGGUUAUAAUAAUUUUUUAAAAAAAGCUACUUUUCGGUACUGUUAUCGUCUCUAUGCACUAAUUCACCCGAUUUGCGUGUAGUGGCCUAAAUGAAAAUAAAAAUGUGGUAUUUGCUAGCUUUUUGGUGUUUACAGCAGUUUUUUU